AUGACCAUGUACAUGUGUUCAGGGCUGCGGUCUGUCAGAGAAGACACUGCAUGGAACAAGUGUUACAGAGUGACUGCAGUGUGUGCGGUGCUGCUGUGUGUUCUCCUGCUGUCUGCCAUCACACUGCUGUGGAUCAAAUACAACAAUUUGAAGACAGAAAACGAGUUACAGAAACAUAACACCCCUACUAUAUUGAAAGAGCAGUUUCAGAGGGAGAGAGAUGAACUCCAGAAGUUUUCUAUACUGGGAUGGAUUUAUUUCAACUCCAGGGUUUACUACAUCUCUACUGGUAAGAAGAACUGGACUGAGAGCAGACAGUAUUGCAGAGAGAGAGGAGCAGACCUGGUGAUCAUAAACAGCAAGGAAGAACAGGAAUUCAUUAAUAAACUGCUGAACAAAGGAAGAGCUUGGAUUGGUCUGAGUAACAGAGAGAACGAGUGGAAGUGGGUGGACGAUACACCACUGAUCACUGGGUUUUGGGCAAGUGGAGAACCGAACAGUAAAGCAAGAGAUGAGGAUUGUGUUAUAACUGGUGAAUCAUCUGAUCCUGUGUUAAACUGGGGUGAUGAUUUCUGUAAUGAACAGUAUAUUUGGAUCUGCGAGAAGGCAAUCCUAAUCUGA